GGCCGGGGCGGGGGCGCUGCUGCUGCGGGGGGCAGGCGGCGGCGGCGGCGGGCCGCACCAGCCAUGCCGAAUAAAAACAAGAAGGAGAAAGAAUCACCAAAAGCAGGGAAAAGUGGAAAAAGUUCCAAAGAAGGACAAGACAUAUUAGAAUCAGAGCGCUACUGUCUAAGAGCUGGAGCUACAGAGUUUGAAAUUACCACUGAAAAAAUACUGAAAUGGUGGGCCCUUCACUACUUCCUCCUAAGGAUCCCAGAGGCAACAUGGCAUACUAAGCAUGACACUGGGCAGAGCACUGUGUAUAUUUUGCAGGAGCACAAAUUGAGGCGCAUCCAUUCCUCUGAACUUGGAGUUGACCGUUGCUUUUCCAUUGCUGUCUCUCUUCCCUCAGUCUUGCUCUCCGUUCUUCACUGCUAGUCCCACCCCCUUACCAGGUGUGAUUGACUAAUGCAGGUGAAUUAAACCAUUUUGUACACUCUCUUCCUCUCCUAUCUGCUGAUACUACUCUGAACUUGAAUAUUUUAACCUGAGCUGUUCACAUAGGUUUGCAGUUCCCACGCUGCUUCUCAGAACUUGCUGAUGUCACGUCACCUUCACAGUCAGCAUCAGCUCAGGUUAUUCUGUGGCCGCACCUCUGUUAGAACAGUUAGCGCAUCCAGGGCUGCCCACCCCAAGAGGUACAGAGCAGGUGCUCGUCCAGGGCAGAGAAGUAAUCCCAACAGAGAAAACAUUAGAGAACUUGGCCUGUGGUUGACUUCAUACCCACGUCAAGUGUGGGGACGGUCCUUAUACAGAAGUCAUGGCCAGUGAUAAUCUGGCCUCCAGGAAAGCAGAGGAGCAGGUGGCUAACAUUACAGGCCACUUUGUUGUUAGAACAGGGGGGCAUUUGAUGGCCUGGGUUUUUCGCAGGAAGAAGAAGUCCUGCAGUGAAGGGUAGAGUGGUUAGGGGAAAGUGCUUCAGUGAGAAUGAAAAUGCUGACUCCUGAUUGCCGUAAACAAUGGCACCUGACUUCUGUGGCCCUGUUUCCUCAUCUCUGAAAUGCCUUGGUGAGUUUCAGAUUUGGCCAUAUUUAACUGUAUGGAAUAGAUUAGGCAUGAGCCCUCUUGGAAGUUUUCCCUGCAAGAUAUAUGGCAGGGUAUGUCUUUCAGUGUAACACAAUAUUAUUAAAAGUCGUAAUUGCUGCUGUGGAACUUCUAUCUUUUAGUGGAAAUUUCUACUCCUUGAAUAAUAUGUAUUGGUACAUCUUUCUUUGCUUUUUUUUCUCUUUCAGAUAGAAUGUUUACCAUUUGACUUGCUUAGCCAUGUGUGUCCUGGGACUCAGUUUCCCCCCAGUGCAUCCUGCUGGUUUAUUUCAUGGCGUCCUUUUAAGGGGUGAGGAUGCAAAUAGGCUCGCAGAUUUCCAGCAGGAAAAACAGCCUUGUUGCUGCCCCGUCUGCAGUAUCUAGUAAAAUUAAAGUGCCAGCCCCUCAGCCCAUAGUGAAGAAAGACAAACGGCAAAAUUCUUGCAGAUUUAGCACCAGCAAUAAUAGAGAACUUCAAAAACUACCAUCUUUAAAAGAUGUUCCUCCUGCUGAUCAAGAGAAGCUUUUUAUCCAGAAGUUACGUCAGUGUUGUGUCCUCUUUGACUUUGUUUCCGAUCCACUAAGUGACCUAAAGUGGAAGGAAGUAAAACGAGCUGCUUUAAGUGAAAUGGUAGAAUAUAUCACCCAUAAUCGGAAUGUGAUCACGGAGCCUAUUUACCCAGAAGUAGUCCAUAUGUUUGCAGUUAACAUGUUUCGAACAUUACCACCCUCCUCCAACCCUACGGGAGCAGAAUUUGACCCAGAGGAAGACGAGCCGACAUUAGAAGCAGCCUGGCCUCACCUACAGCUUGUUUAUGAGUUUUUCUUAAGAUUUUUAGAGUCUCCAGAUUUCCAGCCUAAUAUAGCGAAGAAAUAUAUUGAUCAGAAGUUUGUAUUGCAGCUUUUAGAGCUCUUUGACAGUGAAGAUCCUCGCGAGAGAGAUUUUCUUAAAACUACCCUUCACAGAAUCUAUGGAAAAUUCUUAGGCUUAAGAGCUUACAUCAGAAAACAGAUAAAUAAUAUAUUUUAUAGAUUUAUUUAUGAAACAGAGCAUCACAAUGGCAUAGCAGAAUUACUGGAAAUAUUGGGAAGUAUAAUUAAUGGAUUUGCCUUACCACUAAAAGAAGAGCACAAGAUUUUCUUAUUGAAGGUGUUAUUACCUUUGCACAAAGUGAAGUCUCUGAGCGUCUAUCAUCCUCAGCUGGCGUACUGUGUAGUGCAGUUCUUAGAAAAGGACAGCACCCUCACUGAACCGGUGGUAAUGGCUCUCCUCAAGUACUGGCCAAAGACUCACAGUCCAAAAGAAGUCAUGUUCUUAAAUGAAUUAGAAGAGAUUCUAGACGUCAUUGAACCGUCAGAGUUUGUGAAGAUCAUGGAGCCUCUCUUCCGGCAGUUAGCCAAGUGUGUCUCCAGCCCCCACUUCCAGGUGGCAGAGCGAGCGCUGUAUUACUGGAACAACGAAUACAUCAUGAGUCUGAUCAGUGACAAUGCAGCGAAGAUCCUGCCCAUCAUGUUUCCAUCCUUAUACCGCAACUCAAAGACCCACUGGAACAAGACAAUACACGGCUUGAUAUACAACGCGCUGAAACUCUUCAUGGAGAUGAACCAAAAACUCUUUGAUGACUGCACCCAGCAAUUUAAAGCAGAGAAACUGAAAGAGAAGCUAAAAAUGAAAGAACGAGAAGAAGCGUGGGUUAAAAUAGAGAACCUAGCCAAAGCAAACCCCCAGUACACAGUGUAUAGUCAAGCGAGCACCAUGAGCGUUCCAGUGGCAAUGGAGACAGAUGGGCCUUUAUUUGAAGAUGUGCAGAUGCUGAGAAAGACAGUGAACGAAGAGGCUCGCCAGGCGCAGAAGGACCUGAAGAAGGACCGGCCCCUGGUGCGCCGCAAGUCCGAGCUGCCCCAGGACCUGCACACCAAGAGCGCCCUGGAGGCCCACAGCCGAGCUGAGGAGCUGGUGCCCCAGGACGGGCGCUAGCCCCCACGCUGUGCGGGCGCCAGUCCUGCUCAGAUCUGUAGAAAAUACACGCUCUGUGUGCCAUACAAGUCAGUUACACUCAAGUCAAAGCUUCCUCUGACCCCGUUCUGUAGGCAAUAACGUCCUUCCGCCUCAGCUCCAGGCUAGGAGUUCAAACAAUGGUGACCACCCAGGGCCGCGUGCCGCCCCCGGUGCCCCCUACAUGGCCCCAAGUAAGACGGUUUCCCAACAUCAGAGCUAAGGAAAGCACCCUGGUCAUCAACCUCACGUUCUCCCCAAAUGGAAUAUGUGAUCAUUUAAGAUAGGUGGUCGUAUGAUGAUAUCAAUGUUUUUCAAAUCAAAGGAACACUUUAAAAAAGUAUUACAUACUUUUUAAGACUUUACAACCCUGAGAUUGUUUCCACGUGAUUGUUACGCCAGCAUUUUCUUUCUACGGGUUUUGGUUUGUUUUUGUUUUUCAAUCUCAUUGAAGUGGUUCUUUGCUGUUGUUGUUCUAACACAACUCACUGGGAAAGUGACGUGACCAUCCCCGGCGCUGUCUUUUUCUAAGGUACUGCUUUACUUUGACCAACACCACGGACGCCAUGCCCUGCUGCUUCUGUGUAGCGCUAAAGCCAUAUUUCCAAGUCUGUGGUCCAGGAUCAGGAUCCGGGAGUGAGCUCAUAGGAGAAGUUUGUUUUAAAAAGAGCUUUCUCUUGACUGGAAUUGGAAUUUUAAAGUGAUGUGUUUAUGUUUUACUUUGCAGAGUGAUUUCUCUCUACUUACGUGUUGUUUGCCCUUGAAUAAGACGCUUGAAUUAAUAAAAUUAUACUCUCUGAGAAUUCCGUAUUUUGUAGAAAGUUAGAACAAGAUCGUUUUGAGGGAGGCCAGCUCUUGGGCUGGUGCAGGCCAUAGCCGCCCUUGGGCAAAAGUGGCAGAAACAGCACCAAGGGCUUCGCGGAGGCAGCAGCAGCGAUGGCUUCCAAGGAGUCUCUGUCUGUUGACAAGAGCGCCCUUAAUAGAUGCCUCAUAGGGAAAAUACAGCGUCUUGAGUUUUCACUGGUCUUCAACGCUGCUAAACAUUUCAGACUUGCUUGCAUGUGUUAAGCUUUUUGUUUUUGAUGGAACAGCACGAGGAGAAAAACCUUUAAAUGUGAUGCUUUGUUCUUUAUUUCUCUCUGAGUGGCCAGUAUUUUGACUUACUUAUCCUGCUUGAAAGCAAUCUGAGAUGCGUCCUGCUGCUCCAAACCAGUGAUGCUAGUUUCUUCUGUCUCUGGCGUAAGGUUCUGUUACUUGAUGUUCAACGUCCUGCUGCAUCGAAGGUGAGACUGGCUUCUCUCAGGAUCUGUUUUCCAUUCGGGGUCUCGGGAAUCCACUCAGACGUAGGGACACAUGGACGUGGUUCCCUGUGCAGCUGUGGUGUCCGCUGCCCAUUGGUUUCACCUAAACCCUUUGACGAUGUUUAUUUCCUUGUGUCCUGGAGGGAGGGGAUUUCUUGUGUUCAGAGCAAGUACUAAAUCAGAAGGCUGCCCCAGCUGGAAGGGGAGAAGCCCGCUUUGUGAGGAGAAACACUUCCUGAGAAACUUGACAAGUGUUCAUCCACUUUACCAUGAUGAAAUUUAUCAUUUAAAAAAAGUUUAGAUGCCUUCUCCUUUUGAGGGAAAAAGGGUGCUUUUUAUUGUAUAAAGCAGCGUCUUAUGUAUUUUGAUAAACCAUUGUUUGAACUUCCGUCUUUAGCUGAUAGAUUCUCAGAUAUCCUUGAUUUGGAUGUUCUCAGUUAUGUUUGUGACAGAGGUUUCUGGGAAGCCUCUCUUCUUGCCCUAGGGAAAAAGCGAAAUAUCAGUGUUUGGGUGAUGUGGAAAGCUCAACGUAUAAGAACAUCUUUUUGUCUAGGUUUUACUGCUCUUUAUUGAAGACAAACAUUCACCAAAAAAGGGAAAAAAAAGAAAGUUUUGAGAGAAACUAAUUUUCUUUGACAAGAGUAUUAUUUAAUAUUAUGGCCUAUUAAAGUUUUCCUAGUUAGUACUCAGAUUCCCUGUGCUAAUUGUUCAACUUACAUAUUAUUACAUAGAUACACUGUUUAUUCUGUACCAAAUUGAUUUCAAAAGUACUACAUUGAAAAUAAACUGGUGACUGUUUUUCUUCAUAAAGUUCUGCGUUUGGCAUCUUCACUCUUUCCGAAAUGUAUCUGUACAUCAGAAAUGUCACUAUUCCGAGUGUCUUUUUAGUGCGGCUUUAGUAUGGCUUCCUUUUAAUAUUGUACAUACAUUGUAUCUUUGUUUUAUGGUAAUGAGUAAUAAAAAUGUAGACUUCAUAUUUUGUACAAAAUGUCCUAUGUACAGAAUAAAAAAAAGUUCAUAGAAACAGCAAAAAUAGGUAAGUGGCACAAUUAUUUUUCUUUAGAAAAUAUCUGUAACUUUAUGCUUUAGUGAAAUGUUAAGUACCUACAUAUUUUUUAACAUUUUGUAAUUCAAAACUUUUUGUUUUGACAUUGUUUAUGAAGAGAAACUUCAUACACUUGCCAUUUAAUAUGCUCUUUUAUCUAAUUUUAAAAAAAAACUCUAAAAAUGGUGUAUUAUAUGGACUAAAUAAAGAACAUGUGAC